UCCAAACCCAUUUCAAUACUCGUCAAGUAAACACACGUAUAUAAUAUAUUCAGCUCACCAUGACGGAUUCCAUAGGAGGUGAAAAUUUAGCUGACAAUAUCAGCGAACUGUCCAGCUUUUCUGAUUCCAGUGAUGAAGGUCGAAAGGUGGAAGAAGUUGUUACAAUAGCUGAAGAGGAAACUGAUAAGCCGGCCUAUAGUGAAGAUGAUUUAGAUACAUUAGUCGGAUUCAUGCGGAACAUGAUCUAUUUGUUUGACUAUGACUCCAGUGAUUUUAAUGACGAAGUUUCCGAGAUGAUUAAACUGUGGUUGAUUGAUGUUAAUUAUCCACUGCUUUUCAUUUACUACGACGGAGACGUACUUGCUGCAUCACUCACCUUUCCGAAAUGCGUUUUCAACGAUCUUAUGUAUUUCAUGCGUGAACCUGAUCAGCUCUUCAAUAUACUCGAAAGGUUUUACGACGACCUCAUGUUCGGAACACUACAUAGCGACAUCGAAGGAUCGUUACUAAUUACUCUGGAGCAAGUAUAUGGACCCCUUAUGCUCUCAAAUACAGAGUGGUCCGAAAAUGUGAAGGCUCACGUCUUAUCGGCUUAUAACACAUUUAUGUCUUUUCUUACUGAUAUACAUUAUAAGCUGUCUGGGUUUACACUCUUGUAUGUACCUCGUGAAGGAUCUGAUAUGGAAAUUCAGGAAGUUGUCCUGAACCGUACCACUAUCAAACGAUUGGAGGCAGUGGUCAUAGAGUGGACAAGUCAGAUUAGAUCGACUAUCAAUGAUAUACAACAUUCAGUUCCAAAUGAUCUUAUCUGUCCCUCAGAUGAAUACAAUUUCUGGAUUUAUCGUUAUGAAAUUUUAUCAGCUGUUCAAAGUCAAUUCAAAAACACCAACAUACAGCAUAUUAUUAAAAUUCUUGAUCUAGCGCAAUCUUUGUACACCAAGCCAUUGAGAGAAGUUCUGAACGAUUUGAUGAAAGAAAUUGAAAUAGCCGAGUCUAACAUUCCUUUCUUGAAACUGCUGGUUGAUCCUUGUUUCGCAAUUCGUUCGCUGGAUAAUGAACACGAUCUUUGCUCGCAACUCAUUUAUGUUAUGCACAUUAUACGAUUCAUUGGGGAAGAUUCUUCCCAUCUUCGUCAAGAUGAAUGUAUCACGAAACUAUUCCUGUACUUAAGUAACGAAAUUGUAUCAUGUUGCAUGCAAAGUAUAGACAUUGAUAAAAUUCUUUCUGGCUCGCCUAUAUAUGGCAUCGAAGUAUGCAACGUUAAAAUUAACUGCUGUGAAUCAUUUAAGAUAAUAUAUGAGGAGAUGGUCGAACAUUUCAGGAAUAAUUACGGUUGGAAGCUGGAUUACGCUAUCAUAUUUAACAGAAUUGAUGCGUUUGUGCAAAGACUCCACGACACAUUGGAGAUAUGUUCUGCAAUGAAAAUAUUUGGAAAAUACAGCGGCAGCAAUGCUUACAAAAACUACAAAUUCUCAUGCAACAAUGCAGAAAUGUUCGAAGAAAAAUGUUGCCAAGUGGGAGCAAUCUUCACCAAAGGCAUAGAGGAAAUUCAAACGGUUUCCGGAUCUAUUUUAGAUAUCAAUAGUAAAGAGUGGUACACGUGUAUCGCCAAAUUCCGUGAGAUGUUAAAAAAUCUUGACGACAUUAUUGAAAAUUUGUUGUCUAAUGUUUUUCUUGUUGCUGAUAACAUUGAAGAAAAAAUCAAUGUUCUGACUACUUUACUUAAUUUUUUCAAAAGAGAUAGUAUAAGAGAAAGUUUCAUGCGGAAAAUAUCAGAAAUAUGGAAAGCAUUCAAAGCAGAAAUUACAAGUCUCUCCAAAACCGUUUCAUCUGGAAUAAAUUGGUACUCAACUUUAUUCCCAAGAAAGUCCGGUCAAUAUACAUUACUAAAAAUCAGAUUUGAGAGAAUUUACCGUCUUAAGGAUUUGUUGGAACGAUGUCGUUUUUUCCCUCAAUUUUCUGAAAGUGAUGAUAUUCUGACCUUAUUUGAAUCAUGCGAAAAUCAAGUUAAAACAGCAUUAAAGUCAUACAAUGACUUGUGGAUCAGAUCACUAAACGCUGAUAUAGGUUCAUGGUAUCAAAGACAUCUUAUUUGUCGCAGCCAAAUACGUCCAGGUUUAUUAGAAUGUCACAUUGAGAGACGAAUGCUUGUUGUAUUCGAUGAGGCUUAUUUCUUCAAAGUGCUACAAGCUACUGUACCAAGCAUAAUGGAUAUGGAUAAAAACGAUAAUGUUAAAUUGACGUUUGACAACGUUAUACGAAUCAUAUUGUACUUCAACAAUGUUAUAUCAUCGAUCUCCGAUAAAGAGCGACUGUUCUUCAAACCUAUGAUCCAACAAACGGAGAGGAAACUAGAACCACUACGAGGAAAAUUUACUUGGGAAGAAGAUCUUGGGGAGUUCAUCGAUACCUUUGUGCAUAAUGUGAAGGAUCUACUGGAUGUAAUUCAAGUGUAUAAGAAAGAGAACAUCAAGAUUGCAAACUGGAUGGAGAACAUAUAUAAUAUGCUUUUAUUCAAACUUGAUCAUGAAAAAGCGCAGUUGCUAGUCGAUUUUACGAUUGGUAUUAAAAACAAAAAGCAUGCAUCUAUUAUGGAGCUGGUUCAAGUAUAUUCGGAAAUAAGCAAACAUAUAUUCUGUAUCUUUGAAGCUUUAGGAUCUAAUAUUAGGAAAAUGGGAGAAAGUUGGGCACUUUAUGUUCAGAAAAUUGAUCGCCUUUUGCAAGCAGCCAUUUUCAAUUCAUCAUUGAAUACACUUGAGAAUAUUCAACAAGCUCUUCAAAAAGAGUCAUCUCCUAUUCUAAGUAUAGAGUUAAUACUAAACAAGGCCGGAAUACUGUUUCAACCCUCACUGGAAUCAAUCGAAUUAUCACUGAAACGUUUGCCAAGUGAAGUGACAUCCAUCAUGAAAAUAAUUCCUAACAUGUGCCAACGAUUCCAAAUCGAUUCCGAUUGCAGUUUUUAUGAUGAUUUCCUUCAAUAUAACAAAUUCAAAAACAUCGAAUCAAAUAUUUACAAGGAUAUCAACGAAACUAUGAAAGAGCUACAUGUAUUUAGAGAAAAAUGGAAUGUAUUCCGCCCAUUUUGGAGCAUCAAUAGGAAAUCAUUCAUUGACAAGUUCAAACUAGCCAGCAUGACAGCACAAGCAUUCCAACGAAACAAUGAAAAAUUUGAAGAGCUGCUCAAUCAAUUAACAACACAAAAGGACUCAACUGUUUGCAAAUGUGUUGACGUGGAUGCAUUGAAACUAAAAUUUGCCAUAACUAGUCACAUCAACGAUUGGCAAUUCAAGUACAUUGAGUAUCUAAAAUGUGUGGCUUAUGGUCGUAUUAUAGAUUUUCACAACACGCUAAACAACAAUAUGAAAUCUUUGAGUGUCGAACCAAAAGAAGUGGAAGACCUGAAAAUUCUUGAAAAAACAUAUCAGAAAUGUGUCGAAAAUUUAGCACCAUUUGAAGAAGAAAUUCACAUCAUCAUAGAAUACUUCAACGUUUUAGAGAAAUGCGUACUCGACAUUCUUCCAGAGGCAUAUAACUUAAGACGGAACAUUCAUCCAAAUUGGCAGCAGUACAUAGAUUAUUUAACCCAAAUAAAGGAACAGAUUGAGAACUAUCAAAAUCAGUUUAAGCUUUCGAUGGCCAACGAUGUAGCAGAAUUGAAAGUAAAUGCUUUAGAAAUGUUGAAAAUGCUGGAGAACGAAAUGCCGGUGGAUGAUGAUAUCUCACCACUCGAGGCAUUUUCAAAAAUUGAUCUCUUGAUGAAACAGUUAGAAGUCCUAGAAAAAAAGGAAAAUAAUAUCAGAGAAAAGCUCAAACUACUUGGCAUUGAUUAUUAUCCCCUCGACGUUAUAUCUGAAAUAAGACGAAAGCUUGAAAAUAUGAACCUAAUAUGGAAGUUAGUUGAACAAUGGAAGACUAUGAAAUGUCAAAUAAACAACAUUAGAUACAGCACAAUGGAAGUGGAAGAAACAACUGAAAAUAUUACUUUCAUUACUAGUGAACUUCAAAAUUUGAACAAGUCUCUGCAGCGUGAUGAGGAAUAUCCUAUUUUUCAAAGCAUUAAAACAGAUAUAAACAACGUGCAUGUCACUUUUCUAAUAUUUGUUGAUAUGAGUUUAUCUCAUAUGAGACCGCGUCACUGGAGUGAUAUCCAAUUAAUAAUUGAUUUUAAAUUUGAAACAUUUGAGCUGAUUUCUAUAGAAGAAGCAAUGAAACAUAAACUUUUCUGCUACAAGCAAGCCUUAACUCAAUUAUGCUUAAUAGCACGAAAAGAGUUCACAAUUGAAGAAGAACUAGAGAAGGUGGAAAAUGUGGCAAAAACAAUAAAAUAUAACAUCCAGCAAGCAUCAAAUGCAACGUAUUCAAUAUUGGAAUCAGAAAAAGUUUUUUCAUUAUUGAAAUCGAACCUAACUAUUAUCGAUCAGUUACGUCAAUCUCCCUAUAGGAAGCACUUUCAGGAAAAUAUCAACCACUGGGAACAAAAUCUACAUUUCAUGAGUGACUUUCUCGAAUUACUUACGUUAAUGGAACGGCAAAGUGAUACGCUUUACGAAGUCUUCAAUAUAACAAAAUUUUCUACAAACCUUGUGGACUUCAAUGAAACAUUCAAAAUGUGUUUCGAUAAGUGGACAGAUUUGCUCAAAUUUUUACAAAAGACUAACUUGCAAUAUGACAUUUGCCCUCAUGCAGCCUCAUUCACCAAAGAUACUGAAUCACUAAGAAAACGUUUCGAUGAGAUGGCAAUUAGCCUAAAGCGGAUGUUGCACCACCAAAGGAGUAAUUGCAACAGAUUGUUUUUGGUACCAGAUGAGCUGUUGAUUCAAAUGAUCGGAUUUCCAAAUGAUCUUGAUACCAUUCAGGCUUCUUUUAUGUACACAUAUGAGAAUAUAAAAAAAUUGAACAUAAAACAAAUCGAGGCACCGCAAAAAUAUGAAAAAAGGUGGGAAAUAUAUGGAAUUCAAACAAACGAGAGAGAAAAUGUAGAAUUUAACAAAACAAUAGUUAUGGACUCUGAACAAAAUAUCACUACUAUACUGAACCAAAUAGAAAUAUCAGUGUUUGAAACUAUCAACAUAGCACUUCUAAAAUGUUACGAAUAUUUGAAACAAAACUAUUUCAAAAGAUUAGAAAGCGGAUGGAUUAGUCGUUGGAUGCACCAAACGAUAAUCAAAAGCACUCAAAUGGAAAACACAAUGCACAUCAGAAACGCAAUAGUUCAAACUAAUUUGUUGGGCAAAUUCAAGCCACUCAAGAUGCUAAGAAUAAUGCAUAGUAAGAUGCUGCAAGGGUUAUUGACAUCAAAACAGAAUGGGAUGAAUCUGAACUACUCCGUAUUUCUCAGAAGAAAACUGGAAGACUUAUCUAUAGUUGAAAUCAAUACACGAGACGUAAUAGAAAGCCUCAUCAAAGCAAAAGUAAGCAGUUUAUCUGCAUUUGAGUGGAUAUGUCAAAUCAAAUCAUACUGGAACGACGAAACAAAAAAAUGUUCAGUGGCUCAGCUGAAUAGCAUGUUUGCAUAUGGAUACGAACUUAAAGAAUGUGGUAAACCAAUGUUUAUCACUCCACAAUCGAAUAGGAUGAUGAUGACAAUAACAAACAUAAUCAAAAACAGAUUCAUUCCUUAUGUGAAUGAAAACAGCAUAGACCAUGGAUAUCGAUUACUUAACCAGCUAGCGAUUGAAAUAGCUACCUUGUUCGUCACACUUAGCUGUAACACUAGUUGGAUGAUUACAGAUGUCACAAGAAUUAUUGAUGGAGUAAAGAACCUUCAGGCGUGGAUAUGCUUCAGAAACAUUGAUAAACUAUCAUCGCAGAUUCAGAGCGCUAUUAAUGGAGUCAUAAGAGAAGCUCUAGUGGAAAACCCCAAACAAGCAACUUUAAAUUUAAAACAUUCAAAAAUAACUAAUCAUUUUCAUAUAUUUGCAAUUGUCAACGACUAUUCUUAUCAGUCACCAGCAAUUGAUCGAUCAAUUAUGAGACCAAUUAGCAUCACUCUACCAGAUAGAAUAAUUGUUUUCGAGAACCUACUCUACCUAUGUGGUUUUAAGCAAUAUAAGAAAUUGUCCUCGCUGUUAAAACUGUUCUAUGAAUGUAUACUAGGUUCUAUACCAUCUCAAGCCCACAUAUGGACCUUAAACCGUAUGGAACAAGCCAUUUUCAAAUCUACGGAAACAAUUCGAAACGAACAAUACCAAGAAGCCCAUGUUAUAGGAUACGCAAUGGAGGAUGAGUUUAUAUCCAGUCUACCAGAAAAAGAGAAAGAUUGCUUUACAAAUUAUGUUGAAACCAUAUUUUUUAACGGAAGCCGAUUGACAGGAGAUUCAGAAAGUGAUAAUAAAAGUUUGCAAAAGGCCUUUCAAUCCAUGAAUUUAAAACACUCAGACAUUUCGGAGAAAAGAGUAAAACAAAUUGUACAAGCGGUGAGAAACCAUCGUCAACUGAUUAUUACAGGCGCCGUAUGUAGUGGGAAAUCAAGCCUUAUUAAUUUAGCCAUUCAAACAUUGUCGGAGCAAGGAGAACACUUUAGGAAGUAUUAUGUGCAUCCUAUGACUCUGAAUACAAAAACGCAUAAUAAUGUAUUGGACAAUACUAUCGAAGCAAUUUUAACAACUAUCAUGCAAUCCAAUACACACAAGAAAAAAUGCAUUAUCCUUGAUGGCCCUCUGAAUGAUUCAUGGUUAGAGCAUAUUGUAUUCGAUCGAAGACAAAUUAGAAGUGACAUGCUCACUGUAUCAUAUGGAGUGAACGAUGUAAAACUUAUAAUUGAGACUGUGGACUUGCAUCAUGCAACACCCGCUCAUAUAAGCUUCUUCCCAGUGAUUCAUGUCAACAGCAUAGAUUUGACAUGGAGGCAAAUAAUAUAUGCAUGGAUAGAAAGCGAAAAGUGGGCAGACUCUAUGAAGGACGAGCUUCAAAUGCUAGUAGACAAAUAUUUGGAGAUAUUUUUGAAUUUCAGACAUCAACAAUGCUCAGUAAACGAAGAACAGACAGAUGUAGCAAUUCUUUACACAUUAUGUGCCUUGUUUGAUAAUAUUUUUUCUAAAUGGAAUAUCGAAAAUACCACAGGCGUUGAAAAGCAUACUGAAGAAGCCAUUACGAAACUUUUUAUUUUUUGCUGUAUAUGGUCUAUAGGAGGAAGCCUGAGAGAAAAAGAAAGGCUUAAACUAGAUGUAUUUAUUCGUGAACAGGUUUCAGAAACCUCAGCAUGCUUCCCGCUUAAAGGAAACGUAUUUCAAUACAAUGUCAGUAUCGUCAAUACAACAUCGAUUUGGGAACUUUGGAAUAUAGAUAGAAUAGAGUGUUCAAGCGAAUUUGUUUUUACCUUAGACAAUAGACCAUAUCACUACAUUCUUUCUAUGCUGAUGAAUGACAAACGGUCAGUUUUACUGACAAGUGAAACAACUGUUGGCAAGAGUACACUAAUUGGAAAUUUCAUAAAAACUACACAUAAAACUAAAUCAAAAAUUUGCAUCAGCAAUUUGACUGGAAAAACAUCUAUUAACUCAUUACGGCAAUUGUUAAUGCAACAUUCAAUGAAUAUAUCAAAGAAUAUUGUCUAUCCCAAAGAGAGAAAGAAUUUGACUUGGUUCAUAGAUGAUAUACAUAACAUCAGUGAUUCUCGAGUGGAAAUAUGUGAGUUUUUGAGGCGCUUAAUGGAACACCAUUCCUGGCAUGAGAACAGUCGUUCUCAAUGUAUCAGACAAACAAACAUUGUGGCAGCAAUGUUAAAUUCAAAAAAACUAAGCAAACAUGAAACAUCUUUCAAGCAGUUGCUAAAUAAAUUUCACAUUAUAUUCUACGACAAAUCGGAUGAUGAAAAUACUGCGAUAAUUUUCAAAAAAAGAGUAGAAUGCCUUACAAGUGAUGAAUUAAUUGUUAAGAUAUUAGCUGCUAUACCAUCGGCUACCGUAGAUUUUGUCAGAAAAUUAUCCACGCGGUUUCCGGCUUCACCUAUCAAACCAAGAUAUGAAUUUUCGCUGAAAAACAUAUCAAGAAUAAUAGACAAGUUUUGCAUAUUAAAGCAAAAAUCAGAAAUAAAUAAUUCGAAUAAUUGCCUUAGACUGUGGAUACAUGAAUGUUUCAGAGAAACCUACGACGUGUUGGACAGAACCGAUUACAAUAUGUUUUACGAUACUUUUAAUGACACAAUUUCGAAGUAUUUCGAUUUUUCUCUGCACGGUAUAUGUCCUGGUAAUCGAAGCCCUAUAUUUUGCGACGUCAUGAAUAAAAAUGCAACUUAUCAAGACAUUACAGAAAUAAGUAGCCUCAAGCAUUACAUGGAAAAUAAUUUGAGCUGUACAUCAAAGCUGACUAUCUACUGUGAAGCGGUACAGCAUGUGUCAAAGGUAUUAAGAAUCCUUAAAACUGGUGAUUCCCACAUUGUUUUGGCAGGACAUAUCGGAAGUGGCCGUGAGACGAUUUGUCAAAUCGCGGCACAAGUCUCAAAUAAUACAACUUUCAAAAUAUUGGACAUACCUAGAGACGCUGAAAAAGAAAUUGUCGAUAUAAAUAUUAGAGAUCUUCUCGAUUGCAGCAAAAAAGGAAGAACAUUAUGCGUUGUUAAGAUUGAUCGAUUAGAAGACAUUAACUCUCAUAUACUAGAUGUCAUUAAUAGUAUAAUUGUAAAUCAAGCCUUAUUUGGAUAUUAUCCAUGUUCUAAUAAUUCAAGAAAUGUUGUGGACGAGAGUGCUUGGGCUCAAAUAAGAGAAAAUUUACAUUUUUCACUGCUGCUCCCUACAAGCCAAUACCAGUAUUGGAAAAUAUAUCACAACUAUCCAUCCAUGAUGUCAACGGUGACAACUAGUUGCGUCCACUUAAUGACAGAAUCAAGCUUGCAUGAAGUAUCUGAAAUAUUUUUAAAGAAAAACAUUGUUCUGAAUAUCCCAAUUCUAGAAACAAAAGCUGAUGAAGCCUCUAAAUCUAAACAAUCAAGAAAACGUGAGAGCUUAGUGCAAAGUACGGAAGAACGAUUACAGAUUGCUGUUUCUGAAGCAAUAUCACGAAUACACUCUGUAACAGCUCAUGAGUUAAACAUUGCGAACCCAAAUGCACACGUUUUGCAGAGUUGGUAUUUCGAGCUGCUAAUCACAUUCAACAAGACAUUACAUAACAAACGAAACAUUAUGAGCAAUACAUAUGAAAAAUUUUUCAAAGGAAUUUAUAAUAUUCAGGAAGCAGCGGAAAAUGUGGCUGAAUUAAAAAUAAAUCUUGAGAAACAGCAAGAGCAAAUUGCUGUUUACCAACAAGAGCUUAAUGAUUUCAUUGAAAAUAUUCAAAUCCAAACGGCAAAUGCAGACUUACAAAGUCAGGAAGUUGCUAUCAAAAGGGAAAAAAUUGGUGCCGAAGAAAUCAUAUGCAAACAACUAGCAGCUGUUGCAGAAACUGAUUUGAACAAAGCAAUGCCCGCGUUAAAUGCCGCAAUUGCUGCUCUUGAUUCACUGAACAAAAAAGAUAUGAACGAGAUCAAAUCCUAUAGUCGACCACCUGCAAAAGUAGAAUUGGUGUUAAAUGCUGUAAUGAUAUUGCUAGGGAAGGAACCGACAUGGGCAGAAGCUAAACGCCAAUUGGGAGAGCAAAAAUUUCUGGAUACUUUAAGAGGCUAUGAUAAGAACAACAUCCCUGAAAGCACUUUAAAGACUAUUGGCGGAUUUGUACGAAACCCUGAGCUUGAACCGAAUAAAGUAGGAGUAGUAUCAAAAGCAGCUAAAUCUUUGAUGUUAUGGGUGCGAGCUAUUGAAAACUAUGGAAAAGUCUAUAAAUAUGUUGGUCCUAAAAUAAAGAAAAUGGAAGAUGCUAAAAAUUCAUUGCGAGAAAAACAAUUAUCAUUACAAGAAGCCGAACGGAGUCUCAAAGAAUUAGCAGAAAAAUUAUUUUUAUUGCGUAAAGAAUAUGAAAACAAAAUUGAAUGUAAGCUUGAACUGGAAGAGAAGGCAAAAAUAAUGGCGCUAAAGUUAGAGCGUUCUGAAAGGCUAAUUAAUGGGCUGAGUGAAGAAAAUGCCAGGUGGAAAGACAUAGCGGAAAAACUAAAGGAUCAAUAUAGCCGCCUUAUAGGAGAUUCAAUCAUCGUUGCAGCUUCUCUUGUGUAUAGUGGAUCCUUACCACUUGCAAUGCGAGAAAAUCUCAAAGAUUACUGGAGAAUCGAUCUGGAAGCUAUGGAAAUACCUUUUACAGAAAGCUUCACCUUGUUUAGUUUUUUCUAUUCAAAUGACGUCCUACAAACAUGGCAUUCUUUCGGGCUUCCUGAUGAUGAUUUUACAGUGGAAAACGCUACUAUUUUCAAACACAGCUGUGUUCGAUCUCCACUAAUUGUAGACUCUCAAGGAGAAAUUAGUCGAUGGAUUAUGAAGGAAAAUUCAGCAUUUGUUGACUUUAACCUAGAUGAAGACAUCGCGCAUCCGGAAAUUGAGACAUUUGCAUGUAACCAUAAAUAUAUAAUAGCUCAGAAUUUGGGAGAGACCAAUUUUAACCACUUUAGCAAAUUACAAAAAACGUUUACAAUGUAUAAUGCAGCACAAAUUUCUGAGAACGACAAUGAAAAAUUAAAUGAAAGUACUCUCGUCGUGACAACAAUUGAAGAUAUUCCUUAUCAAGAAAAGUUGAAGAAAAUUGUCAACAUGAUGAAUUUUGUUUUAGGAAAAUCGGGAUUGGAAGUCAAACUUUUAGUUACGUUAUUGCAGUAUGAGAAUCCAUCUCUAGAGGAACGCAAGGAUGAACUUGAACAAACAGUUAUAUCAAGCAAUAAUACACUCAAGAAUUUAGAGGAGAACAUUCUUCAAAUUUUGAAUUAUAGUAAAAUACCGCUAAUAGAAAAUGAAGAGCUAUAUGAAACAUUGAAUGUCUCCAAGCAUACCGCAAACGGCAUUAAAUAUAUUCUGGAGCGCGCAACUUUAACUAAACAGGAUAUUGAAGCUUCUCGGGAAAUUUACAAAUCAUGUGCAGCUAGAGCAUCAUUGUUGUUUUUCAUUCUAGAAGAUCUUAAAUAUAUGAAUACUAUGUAUCGAUUUAGUCUUGAUUGGUAUAUAGGUUUAUUCCGUGAAUCAUUAGAAAAAAGUGGAAGAGAUCAGAACAUUGAAGUGCGAAAAAAGAAAAUCGAUGAUUACCAUACUUUGAACUUAUUUCGAAAUGCAUGUUUUGCGCUUAGCCUAUCAGACCAAACAAUUUUUGCAUUUUACCUAUGUGUACGUACACUGCUUGAAACUGAGACCAUGGAAAUAAAAGAGUUCAACUUUUUCUUAAAUGCUGCUGGUAAAAUAGACAGACAAGAACAAGUGGAAAAUCCAAGUCCAGACUGGAUCAGUCCUGCGCAAUGGGACAACAUAACUGAAUUGGAUAAGCUACCAGGCCUUCGUGGAAUAACACAGUCAUUUGAAGAACUUAACGAUAAUUGGAACACUUGGUGUACUUCUGAAAGUCCAGAGGCAGAAAAAUUACCAGGAACAUGGGAUCGCAAUCUAACUCUUUUUCGAAAAUACACUUUAGUGCGGUGUAUACGAAUGGAUAGGGUUGAGCCAUGUAUGAAGAGUUUUGUUGCUAUUAAUCUUGGAAACAAAUUUCUGAAUGGCAGCUCCAGCACCUUGUUCGAUUUAUUGAAGAAAUCUUCCCCAGCCAUACCAAUAAUACUUAUUUCUAACGACGGGUACAAAUCAAUAGAAGAAUAUCAUAAUGGUAACAAAUCUAACAGCAAACUUCAAUACGUCAACUUGAUUACGCAAUCGAUCGAGUGUGCCGUGAUGCAUUUGAAAAAAUGUGUCGAAUCCGAAGAUUGGUUAUGUAUAGAUGAAUGUAUGGAAUCGAAACCGUGGUUGGUAAAAUUCGAUCACAUUCAACGAUACUUAGAUUCGAUAGAUCCUAAAUCAAAAUUUCGUUUGUGGAUGAUAAUGAAUAACGAAAAGAAGCCUUUUCCACCUCAGAUUUUACAAAAUUGUAUGAAAUAUAUGUGUAACAAACCAUUGGGCAUCAAAAAUAACAUGAAACAAAUGCUUGAGCAUAUAGGAGAAAAAAGCUUCAAAAAAAUUGAAAAAUCAAAGUAUAAUUUGUAUCAUAAAAAAAUGUUAUUCACACUGACAUUCUUUCAUGCGCUUUUAAUUGAGAGAAAAAAAUACCAUGACUUGGGAUGGAAUAUGCAGUACAACUUUACAAUUAAGGACUUCAUGCUCUCAGAACGACUUUUAACAUACGGUUUCGACAAAUUACUGGAAACGAAAUAUAAAAAAAAUAUACAUUCCUUAAAUUCAUCCAGCGUAAUCGAGGGAGUGGAAUCACAUGAUAACGAUUGUGGCGAUAAGGCAUUCUGGGCUUUCAUAAGAAAUGUUGUACUACAGAUUGGAUAUGGAACGCAUUUCACAAAUAUUUGGGAUCAAAGGAUUUAUGACGUACAUUGUGCAAACAUUUUCCGAAAAGAGGUACUUGAAGUGUCACAAUGUGCUUUAGUAACAGAAGAUGCGUCGUAUUCAAUUCCACGGGACGGAAAUUUUGCAUCCUAUUUAAACUUCAUAGCGAAUCAAUACCCGCAGGAAUCAGGAAUCAAUGUACUUGGACAACAUGAGAACGCAAACAUCAAAUAUUUGGAAUCUCGCUCAGUUUACGCUCUGCAGAUGCUUGGUCGAAUACAACUACAUAUGGGACCUACGAAAUAUGGUAUGACGGAGCAAACAACGAAUUUUGACAAGGCAAAGAAAAUUACUAUGGAACUGCUAACAGCUCUCCCCGUUUGUCUAGAUUAUGAUAAUGCCACCAGAAUGGUGGAAGUGAAUAAAACACAUGUCAAUAAAUGUCUGCUACUUGAAACGUAUAAAUACAACGUAAUUCUUGAGCUGAUUAAGCAGAAUCUAUACACGAUAAUGUCAACAUUAUCCGGAGAGACGAAAAUGACGCCAUCAUCAUUAAACUUUCUGCAUGAAGUGCAACGGAACACAAUUCCCCAAGCAUGGAUCAGUCAUCCCUACCUUUUAUACUGUUCAGAUAAAUAUCUUUCAGACUGGAUAAUCGAUCUUAAAUAUCGAGUCAAUAAUUUGCGUAAAUGGUCUGAAACGGGACAAUUAUCAGUAGACGUAACAUUAGGACUUCUUUUGGAUCCUAAACUUUUUAUACAAAGUGUAAUGAGGAUGCAUGCAGAGGAGUAUAAAAUUCCAUUGGUUGAUCUCACUUGGGAUGUUGUGGUACUCUCAACAACUAAGCCGGUCAUCCGAACGUCAACAGCAAAUGGAUUCAUAGGAAGUGGCAUUCAUCUCUAUAAUGGCGGAUGGGAUUUACAAGAUCAGUGUCUGGUGCCACCGAUGAUUUUGAAAUUAAUUCAUCGUAUGCCUCCAAUCUUGUUCAAACCCAUACGUAAAGAUAAUUCAGCAUGCAGAGCUUACUACCAGUGUCCUUGCUACUACUCUAAAAAGGAAAAAGAAUCUCUUAUCAUGGAAAUUGAACUAAAUCCUGGAAUCAAUGGAGAGGAUACAUGGAUAAAGAUGAAUACUUGCAUGUUAUUAAAUGAAUAAUAAAAUCAUUCCAUAUUAAUUGUA